GGACGCAGGGCCUGGAAAAUGGCCCUCGUGUGCAGGCGCAGCAUGUAACAGUAGGCCUAAGGGGACGACGGUUCAGAUGAGGCCCAGAGAUAUCAAGUGUGCAAACGUGUUGGUGGGUCACAAUGGUGUUGUGAAGCUUGCCGACUUUGGGAUGGCUCGUGUGGUACAUGAAGACUCACUUGUACAAUCCACGAGAGGAACCCCAUACUGGAUGGCACCAGAGGUUUUACAACCAACAGAACAAGGUUACAGUUGGCCAGCCGAUAUAUGGAGUCUUGGCUGUACUGUGCUCGAAAUGGCAGAGGGGAAACCACCGUGGAGUGACUUGCGUGGGUAUACUUUUAUGUUCAAGAUUAGGAAUGGAGAGAUUCCGCCGAUUCCUCCACAUUUGUCAGCAGAAGCUGACGACUUCAUCAGGCAAUGCCUAAAGAACAACCCAGCAGAACGGCCAUCAGCUGCAGAGCUGUUGACUCAUCGAUUUGUUGUGUAUUCGGAGCCUGAUAUGAUUAUUCCUCGAGGAGAGACUCCACCACCGGCACGACAUGUCGCGGAUGAGGCAGACGACUACAUGAGCCUCUCUGGGAUGGACAGAAGUGGCGUGUACUAUUUCUCUACCGCACUCUUCGAUCCGGUGCCAAGUGGUGACGGCCAAAUCAUUCCGGGCGACUUGCGCUUACGAGCAGCCCGAGGAGAUCGGCCUAUGUUUCCUACGGCGGUAGCCGACUCUUCACCCACAGACUUGUCUUCGGACCCCCGUGUGGUAUGGUUGCUGGACGAGUUCGCCGACAUCUUCGAGUCACCUACCGGUGUGGUGCCGGGUCGGCCGAUCUCUCACGAGAUCAUUCUUGAGGCCGGUGCCGUGCCGCCGAAAGGUUGCAUCUAUCGGAUGAGCGAGGAGGAGCUUGAGGUCCUCCGCGCACAACUCGAUGAUUUGUUCGCCAAGGGCUGGAUCCGCCCGAGUAGCUCCCCAUAUGGAGCACCAGUUCUCUUCGUCAGGAAGAAGAACAAGGAUCUACGAUUAUGUAUCGACUACCGCAAGCUCAACGCGCAAACCGUCAAGAAUGCGGGGCCUCUCCCUUGCAUCGACGAUCUUCUCGAGCGGCUGGGCGGUGCGAAGUAUUUUUCCAAGUUGGAUUUGAAAUCAGGAUAUCACCAAAUCUCGAUUCAGCCGAACGAUCGCUACAAAACCGCAUUCAAGACUCGGCACGGGCAUUUUGAGUGGGUGGUCAUGCCUUUUGGCCUCACCAACGCCCCGACGACGUUCCAGGCGGCGAUGACCGAUGAGUUUCGUGCAAUGUUGGACCGGUUCGUGCUGGUUUACUUGGACGAUAUUCUCGUCUACAGCCGGACAUUGGAGGAUCAUCUUGGACAUCUUCGACGAGUGUUGGAGACGCUCCGCCAUGCCAAGUACAAGGCCAACCGCGACAAGUGCGAAUUUGUCCGGCAAGAGCUGGAAUACUUGGGCCAUUUUGUCACACCGGAGGGCAUCAGUCCGCUAUCGGACAAGAUUCAGGCCGUCCAAGAGUGGUCGGAGCCUCGGGACGUCACAAAUCUCCACUCGUUCCUCGGUCUUACCGGCUACUAUCAGUGUUUCAUCAAAGGCUACUCCAAGAUCGCGGCCCACUUGAACAAGCUUCAGUGCGAGGAUCGGCCGUUUGACUUCAGAGAGGAGGCGCGAGGAUCAUUCUUCGCUCUCAAAGCCGCGCUAUUGUCUGCGGAGGUCUUGCGAAUCUACGACCCGCUCGCGCCUACGCUACUUCAGCAAGAAAGUGCCCCUCAUGCAUCCAUUGACGAUGCACGCAAGAAGGAGCUCCUUGCCUUCGUCCACGCGCUCAAGCGGUGGCGGCACUUCCUCCUUGGUCGAAGCCAAUUUCGAUGGGUAACGGACAACAAUCCGUUGGUCUUCUACAAGACCCAAGACACCGUCAACAUCACCAUCGCUCGAUGGAUGACUUUCAUCGACCAGUUCGACUUCUUUCCUGAUCACAUUCCCGGGAAGUCGAACCGUUUUGCGAAUGCUCUCUUACGGCGUCCGGAUCAUUGUACCGCAGUCUACUCGACGUUCGAGAUUGACGACGACCUGCGGAACAGCUUCAUCCGCGGCUACCAAGCCGACCCCGAGUUUCGCGACAAGUACGCGAAUUGCUCCUCUCCUAAUCCGGCUCCUUCUCACUACCGGAUCCAAGAGGGGUACUUGCUUGUCCACACGUGGGGGAAGGACCUUUGCGUACCGAGUGAUCCUCACUUGCGUACACGGCUUCUUGGCGAGUUCCACGACGCUCCCUCCACUGGACAUUUUGGAGUCAAUCGCACGAUUGGCCGACUUCGCCAGCGAUUUUGGUGGCCCGGCCUUCUCGGCGACGUCACGCGCUAUUGCGAGUCAUGCGAGGUUUGCCGACGCUGCAAAUCCCGCAACCAUCGUCCGUACGGCGAGUUACGACCAUUGCCAGUCCCGUUGAGGCGAAGGGAAGCGAUUGCCAUGGACAUCACCGGCCCGUUCCCCAAGCACAAGACCGGAGUGGAUGGGAUUCUCACGAUGGUCGACCGACUCACCAAGUUCGCCAUGUUUUUGCCUUGUCGCUAUCAUGCCAAGGCACCGGAGUUGGCCGAGGUUCUUUAUGCCGGUUGGAUUCGCACCAAGGGUUACCCUAAGGAGAUCGUCUGCGUCCGCGACGCUCGGUUCAUGUCCGAUUUUUGGUUGGCGCUCAUCAAGCGAUGGGGCUCAUCUCUCAAGCCUAGUUCAGCUCGCCACCCUCAGACCGAUGGCCGGACGGAGAGGGCGCAUCAGACCGCACAGGUUCUCCUUCGCACUCUCAUCCGCCCCGACCAGAAAGACUGGGUUGAGCGAGUGUCGGAUGUUGAGUUGUACAACUCUUCCAUCCACCCGGCUAUUGGGUUAUCGCCCUUCGAGUUUGUGGCUCGCCGGUCACAUCACCCCAAGGCUGCCCAGCUACAGGCUGAAGAAGCGGAAACAGCAGAGAAGCUGCGGCUACAGGCUGAAGCAGACGCAGAUGCCCAGGCUCGCCGCAAGGAAGCCCAGGAUCUGCUGCAGCGGCAUGAAGCCAACAACAUCGAGAGAUUCAAGUUUUGGCACUUUGAACCGAACGGCGACGAGGCAACACCGGAAGAACAGCAUAAGGAGUUCAUAGCCAAGCUCGUGACCAGGUUGGUUUACACUUGUAACCACCUACAGUCCGAGCUGGCGAACCUCCAGCGGGCCGUGCGGAACCAUAAGACUCAGCACGAGGAUGCCACACGGGCACUGGACGCCCGUGUACAGGACGUGGAACAAGUUCCACCAAGACCAGAUGCUGGGGCUUCCAGCAGUGCACCCUCUAGCCGCCAACUGGAGGAACGCGUUGACCACGUAGUGGCAAUGCUCGGCGACAUCAGCACCUUCGCUGCGCGGACCACCAUCAGCAGUCAGCUGCAUACCUUGAAGACCGAGGUCCAACAGUUGCGGUCGACGAACACGGAUGGCAAUCCUAAGUUGUACAAGAUGCCAACUUUCCAACUGGACAGGUUCGACGACUACACGCAGCAGGAUCCGGUCCUCUGGUGGGAAGCAUUCACGACGCAACUUCGGUUUCUGCGUGUCGCUAAGCAUGCGUACAUCGGCGCCCUGUUCAUGAACUCAAAGGGCGGAUGCCAGACCUGGUUGGCCCACCUGGCAACCUCUCACGGCGUCGACGUACCAGACUUGAAGGACAAGAUCACAUGGGAGGAACUGACAUGGCUGUGGAAGAAACGGUUCAUCGUCGACGACGCGCCGGCACUCGCCAUCAACCGUCUUUUCACCAUGUCACAGGGCAACACCGCAACACGAGACAGGCUCACGGAAUGGCAGAAGAUUGUGGCAGUGCCCAAUCGGUUCGGCGUCGACGGAUGCGCCGUGAGUUCUACAACAGUACCGACUCCGUUGAUGGACGCCGGAGUAGAGGUUGUCGACCUUCAUGCCUACAUUGCGAAGAUCGACCGCGAGUUCAAAACGCAACGUCAGCUGUCACGUGGUAUCCGCGCAAGCAUGCGAGCUUCCAUCAUCAGAGACGACAUCGAGGAGAUGGGGGUGUGUUUUCUCCACGCCCUCCCGCCCCAUGACGCUUCAUCGACGGACUCACCUUCGGAUCCACGCAUCACCGAGCUUCUCGACGCCUACAGCGACGUGUUCGAAGGCCCGCACGGAGUAGUACCGGAUCGGCCCAUCCUCCACGAGAUCAUCCUCGAGGACGGGGCCGUACCUCCACGCGGCUGCAUCUACCGAAUGAGCAAGGAAGAGUUAAGUGUGCUUCGGGCACAACUCGACGACCUUCUGGAGAAAGGCUGGAUUCGGCCUAGCUCAUCGCCAUACGGUGCUCCUGUUCUCUUCGUCCGGAAGAAGAACAAGGAUUUGCGGUUGUGCAUCGAUUAUCGCAAGCUCAACGCGCAGACGAGUAGAAACGCCGGCCCUCUCCCACGCAUCGACGAUCUUCUCGAGCAACUGGGCGGCGCCAAGUUCUUCUCCAAGCUCGAUCUCAAGUCGAGAUAUCACCAACUCGAGAUCCGGCAGGAGGAUCGCUACAAGAACGCGUUUAAGACGCGAUAUGGGCGUUUCGAAUGGCUGGUUAUGCCAUUUGGCCUUACGAAUGCCCCGGCCACUUUCCAAGCAGCUAUGACAAUGGAGUUCCGACAUAUGUUGGAUCGGUACGUACUUAUCUACCUCGACGACAUCCUGGUGUACAGCCGGAGUUUGGAGGAGCAUGUGGAACACCUGCGCACCGUUUUGGAGCGGCUACGACAAGCCAAGUACAAAGCCAACCGCGACAAGUACGAAUUCGCGCGGCAGGAGCUGGAGUACUUGGGACACUAUGUGACGCCGCAAGGCAUCCGUCCGCUUGCGGACAAGAUCGAGGCCCUACGAGUAUGGCCCGAGCCCACCAACACCACGGACGUUCGUUCAUUCAUGGGGUUGGCGGGCUACUAUCAGCGAUUCAUCACUGGAUACUCCAGGAUUGCUGCACCUAUGACGAGGUCACAGUCGCCAAAGGUGCCAUUCGUAUUCGAUGUUGACGCACGCCGGUCAUUCCAAGCACUUGAGACGACCAUGCUCAUGGCACCCGUCCAUAGCAUCUAUAAACCCGUCCUGCCUACGAGACACCCUGUGGAGUAUUUCAGCCACAAAGUGCCUCCCAUCAACUCGCUUGAUGAUGCAAGGAAGAAGGAGCUGCUCGCAUUCGUCAUGGCUCUCAAGCGAUGGCGGCACUUCCUCCUUGGGCGUCGUAGGUUCACAUGGGUUACGGACAACAAUCCAUUGACCUACUACAAGACGCAGGAUACGGUGAGCAGCAUGAUCGGACGAUGGAUGUACUUCAUCGACCAAUUUGACUUCACACCGAAACAUCUUCCCGGCCUCUCAAAUCGCGCAGCAGAUGCACUCUCGCGAAGACCUGAUCUUUGCGCUAUGACACAUCAUGCCUUCGCAUUAGACGAGGAGCUUCAGCGACACUUCAUCCGGGUAUAUGAGUCUGAUCCGGACUUCGCCACGCUGUACGCACAACUAUCUUCGGAUCACCCGUCGGCCAGCCACUAUCGCAUUGUUGACGGAUACUUGCUCCUCCACUCGAGAGGCAAGGACUUAUUGUGUGUCCCACGCGACCGUCGUCUUAGGACUCGCCUUCUCGGGGAGUACCACGACUCGCGACUCGCCGGCCAUUUCGGAGUCAACCGCACUAUUGCACGGCUUCGACAGCGAUUCCGAUGGCCCGAUCUCGUUACCGAUGUCACUCGGUAUUGCAACUCUUGCGAAGUUUGCCAACGCAGCAAGCCCCGCAACCGCAAUCCCUACGGCGAGUUACGCCCGAUGCGUAUCCCACGGGAACCUAGUCUCUCCAUUGCCAUGGACGUCACCGGUCCGUUUCCCCGCGACCGGCUCGGGGACGAUGGCAUCCUCACGGUGGUGGACCGAUUGAGUAAGUACGCGCGUUUUCUCCCUUGCAAGUACUACUCCACGGCUCCCGAGCUGGCACGCCUCCUGCACACUGGUUGGAUUUGUGGCCACGGUGUACCAGAAGACAUAGUCAGCGACCACGACACUCGCUUCAUGUUGGCAUUUUGGACUGCUCUAAUGCAGGAGUCCGACACGAAGAUGAAACCAAGAUCGGCUCCGCAUCCACAGACGGACGGGCAAACGGAGCGGGCACAUCAAACCGCUCAAAUGAUGCUUCGUACGCUCAUCCGUCCGGACCAGAAAGAUUGGGUUGAUCGCCUCCCCGACAUCGAGUUCGCCUACAACACUUCGGUGCGUCCGGCGAUCGGCUUGACUCCAUUCGAGUUGCACCAGGGUGGACGGAAAGGCUGGAUCUUCGCCGACCUUCUCCUCCCUCGACCAGCCGACAUUGACGCUGCUUGCUCUCCCGCUUCCGUCCGGAAGUACAGGGAAUUGCUCACUCAAGCCCGUGCGAACAUGCAAAAGGCUCAAGUCCGCAUGCAGCAGCAAGCCAACAGGCGUUGCGUACCAUGUCCCAUCCGCGCCGGUGAUCUGGUUUGGGUCUCCGCGGAAGAGUUUGCACUGGAACAGGAUGUUACAUGCAAACUGCUUCCCAAGUGGUUUGGACCUUGGUCUGUGACAGCAGCCACGGGCAAUGAGCCCGAUGGCCCUUCAUUUGUGAUCAACAUUCCCGAGCAUCUGACGGUCCAUCCAGUCUUUCACGCCUCGAAGCUGGCAACAUAUACACUAGCUAAGAGCGACGACUUCCCGGGCCGACGAUCGCAGGACCCUCCUUCUAUGGAUGGUCAUCAGGAAGUUGACCGCGUCAUCUCGGAUCGCAAGUACGGCAGCAAGCCGCGACAGUACAAAGUUACAUUCAGAGCAUGUGAUCCCGACGACACUCGGUGGAUUUCAGGAGCAGAUUUGAAAGCAUCCGCACCGCUGAUCUACGCUCACUACGAGCGUCAAAGGUUAGCCAAGGGACCCCCACGACCUGCCCCUCCCACCCGGACUGUGGUCCCUCCCUCAGACAGACAGCUUCGCCCUCGCAGCCUGGAUGAUGGCUCUCUGGAACAUUCCCAUAUCCACAAUGGCAGGCACAGGACAGAAGACGUGCUUUCUCCAUCAAACCAGCUUUCGCCACCUUACUUCUCACACUUGCCAGGAGAGAAAUCAACUGCAGAUGACAGACUGCAUGGUGGGGAAAGCAAUGUCAUGGUGGGUCGCCAGGAUUUGUCCAUGUCAGCAAGACGGGUAGGAUCAGUGCGAACGAGACCAUCGUUCCUGUCUGGGAGUGGCAGCCUGCCAAGCUCGGGGGUGACUGCUGGGUUGUCGAUGGGAGGUGCAGGAGGGUUGUUGAUGGGAGGUGCAGGAGCAAGAUCAACUUGGAUCAACAGUCCGAUCUCAGGGCCAUCCAGGUGAAGACGUGUUUGCAGGGGCGGCAGCUGCCAGGUUGGUCAAAUGCAGCAGGUUAGCAUUGGUGAACUCAGAAGUCGGUGGAUUGUGAUGUGAUGGUAGGAAGUUGAUAUUGCUGGGUUGUUUUUGGGGGUGGUUGCAGGGUCUCUUGCCAAGGUUUAUGAUCUGAUGAUGAAAGCUUUUAGGAAGAUGUGUACUAGUGCAGGGCAGCGCUGUGGCUUGUCAACUGCCUGCCUGGUGCAGAGCAAUACUGUGACGACUGUCUUUUGUUUCGACAUCCAGGCAAAAGUGUGCUGAUAUGCCCACCUGCAAAGUGACAACUCAUCGUGGUAUUCCAUCCAGGUCCAGGUCAUGGGGGGACGUGGGCAUGGCAGGGUGUUUUUGACUUAGGUGUUUGAUUACCUAGUAGGUCCAUUGACUAAUUUGGAUCACACUGAUUGAUUACAUUUGUAUUGUGUUCGGCGCAUCUGAACGGCAGUGGUUUCUUUUUAAUCCUGAGAAAAUGUUGCCUCUUUUUUCCCUUCCGUCGAAGGGAAUAUAAUAAAUGCGGCACAUAUGGGGGGUGUUCAAGACGCAGAGAGCAAGGAGGAGAGAGAGAGAGAGAGAGAGAGAGAGAGAGCUGUCUCUUAUACACAUCUAGAUGUGUAUAAGAGACAGCAGAGAGAGAGAGAGAGAGAGAGAGAGAGAGAGAGAGAGAGAGAGAGAGAGAGAGAGAGAGAUUUCUUGCUGUACAUUUUGUCCCAGACUGUAGGUUGGUUUGUCCAUUUGAUGUGACAUGUGAUUCAUUAACGUUCUUUUAUGAGUGAUGCCAGGUUGUCAUGAGGUUCGUGGUGAGAGUGAGCAGGCAGUUAAUUGGUUUGAGGAAGAGUAUCAAUGGGCCUGAACAUCUAGUUGGAACUGAGUGUUAUUUGGGUUAUUGCAUCUUGCUCUUGUUUAUACCCACUUCUCGAUGGUGUUUUUGAGUCUUGCAGCCAGCCCCUUAAUGCUGCCUGUGAUUGAUCCGGUGCGCACACACCAUACAGGCAGAUGAAGGGAGGGCAUUUCCAAAACCUCGGGUUUACUCAGGAUGGGUUGUUUUUUUUUCUUUACAGGAGGCUAACAGAUGAUUCUGCAGGGUUUGUAUGCUGACCUUCAAAGUUCAAUGAUCAGGGGAAGUUUGCGCAGCCCAAAACCUCCUCGGCACUUUCUUUUCCGGGACAAGUUUUUAGCACCCGACAACGAACUUGUCCGAGUCUGCUGUGCAGACAUACAGAUCACUGGAGCUGUUGUGUGAAAACGGCAGAUUGAUGGGGGCACAAUUCGCAGACUGAGCUGUUUCGCUGGGUUGGCCUGCAUGCCUUGCACAGGGACCAAGGAAAACUCUGCUUGUGCUGGGAUGUUCAUUAGCUUCACAAGGGUGUGUGAUUGCUUGACUCGUACGGAUGCCUGCCAGCAGAAGUUUGGGAAGCGAUGUUUGUUUGGCUUUUCAAUAACAAUAUCUUUCAAGUCUCUACUCGUGGAGGAGGAAGGGUUGGUAUGUGUUGCCUCGUCUUUGGGGUGCAAUUAUGUGGCAUUCUUAAUUCCUCUCUGCUUGUUUGCAUCAGAUCAGCAGCUGUCUGUCUGAUCCUAUUCCCCCAGAAACUUCUUUGACUGAGACUUAUGUGUUUGCACUGCAACAACUUCUAGCAUUGCCGAGUUGUGAUUGGAUCUGUGUCACACUUGAUGGAUCCUAUUUUUUUUCCCGUUUUCUUUAUAUAUCCUUGAUUGAUUCUUGUUUGUGGUUUGAGGUCGGUGAAAGGGUAAGGAAUGCAUCCAGCAUGCUUGGCUGUUUUUUAACAAGUUUUGUAACUAAUCA